CACACACAACCAGGAAAUGACUUUGCAUUUCAGAGGAAAAGAAACUUAGAGACUUCCUCUCUCUUUGUCUCGCAGUGCGUGAGUUCAGGAAAAUGGCCGAGGCCAGUAUUUCAGUAGAUCAGGACCAGUUCAUCUGUCCAGUUUGUCUAGAUCUACUGAAGGAUCCAGUGACGAUCCACUGUGGUCACAGUUUCUGUAAGGUGUGUAUUAAUGACUGCUGGGAUCAGGAUGAGAAGAGCGGAGUUUAUCGCUGUCCUCAGUGCAGAGACACUUUCACACCAAGGCCUGUUCUACACAGAAACAACAUGCUGUCUGAAGUGGUGGAGAAACUGAAGAAGACUGAAGUCCAAGCUGCUUCUCCUGCUCACUGUUACGCUGGACCUGGAGAUGUGGAGUGUGAUUUCUGCACCGGGAGAAAACACAAAGCCGUCAAGUCCUGUCUGAUGUGUCUGGCCGCCUUUUGUGAAACUCAUCUGAAACCUCACUACGAAGUUCCUGGAUUGAAAAAGCACAAGUUAGUCGAAGCUUCUGGAAAUCUACAAGAGAAGAUCUGCUCUGAGCAUGAUAAAGUGCUGGAGAUCUACUGUCGUACUGACCAAAGCUUCAUCUGUUAUCUCUGUACGAUGCAUGAACACAGAGGUCAUGACACAGUCGCAGCUGCAGCGGAAAGAACUGAAAAACAGAGUGAGUUAAAGGAGGAGCAGAUGAAAUCCCAGCAGAGAAUCCAGGAGAAGCAGAAGAAGGUGCAGGAGCUGAAACAGGCUGUGAACACUAUAAAGCGCAGUGCACAGACAGCAGUGGAGGACAGUGAGAGGAUCUUUACUGAGCUGAUCAGCUCCAUGGAGAAAAAGCGCUGGGAGGUGACGGAGCUGAUCAGAGAUCAGGAGAAGGCUGAACUGAGUCGAGCUGAACGACUCCUGGAGCAACUGGAGCAGGAGAUUGCUGAUCUUCAGAGGACAGUCACUGAGCUGGAGCAGCUUUCACACACACACGAUCACAUCCAUUUCCUCCAGAGUUUCCAGUCUCUCUGUGUCUCUUCUGGACGUGAGGACUCACCCAGCAUCACUGUCAAUCAACAUCUCUCAUUUGAUGGAGUGAGGAAAUCUCUCUCUGAUCUGAAAAAGAGACUCGAGGAAUUCUGCCAGGAGGAAUUCAUCAAAAUCCCUGAACCUGCUGCAGCAGUUCAGAUGAUUUUACCCUCAGAACCAAAGAGCAGAGAAGAUUUUCUGCACUAUUUCUGUGAUCUGACUCUGGAUCCCAACACAGUACAUUAUCACCUCAUUCUGUCUGAGAAGAACAGAGUGGUGACGUACAGUGAGAGAAAUCAGCCGUACUCUGAUCAUCCAGAGAGAUUUGACUCCUACUGUCAGGUGUUGUGUAAGGAGAGAGUGUGUGGACGCUGUUACUGGGAGGUGGAGUGGGGCAGUAAGGGAUAUGUGUUCAUAUCAGUCUCAUAUAAAGACAUCAGAAGGAAAGGACCGGGUAAUGAGUGUUGGUUUGGACUCAACAAUCAGUCCUGGAGUCUGCAGUGUUCUUCUUCUUCUUCUCCUCUCUCUUUCUGGCACAACAACAUUGAGACUGAUCUCAGAGUUCCAUCCCCCUCCAGAAUAGGAGUGUAUGUGGAUCACAGUGCAGGAACUCUGUCCUUCUACAGCGUCUCUGACACGAUGAAGCUCCUCCACAGAGUCCACACCACAUUCACUCAGCCUCUAUACGCUGGGUUCUGGCUGCAUUAUUGUGGAUCAACUGUGAGAUUGUGUGAUCCAAAAUAAAAUAUUAAAUGAUUUGACAUUUUUAAAAUUAAGAUGAACAGCUUUACUUUUAUAUAGAGAGUUUAAGUCCAAUAAAGAUGGAACAUGAGGAAAGUAUUUUAGAUUUCCUAAUAUUUAUUUAUAUUAGAUCAUUUUCUGUCUUUUAGGAGAUUUAAUAUUAUAAUUGUGACCAUUAUAUAAAAAUAAUCAGAAAAUUAAAAAAACCCCAAUCAUCUGCAUUAUCAUAAACAACUGCUAUAAUUGCUGGCACAUUAUUUUUUUUUUAAAUAUUCAAAUGAAAUUUUCCAGCUUUACAGUUUUAUUAAUAUUAGAUCAAUGAUCAUUGUAUCACUUCGACAAACUUAUCAUAUUGUAAUCUCAGAGGAAAUGAAAAUGAAUCGCAGUAAUGUGUUUUUCUGUCUGUAUCUCAUUAUAUUAUCUGUCUACUGACUGUCUCAAUUAUAGCAAUACAUCAAGUGUAUAAUAUUAUUCAGUUAUUAAUAUUUCCUCAAAUAUUUUUCUCAGUGAAUGUAGCUUUUUUUUUCUUUCUAUAAAUCACCAGGGUUGAUAAUGUACAUAGCUAACAAGCUAAGAAUUCACGGAAUGUUAGCAUAACAGCUAACAGAUUAGCAUCGUGAAAGGAUUUUCUGUUUUGUUAAGUUCACCAAUUAUUAAUCUUCCACAUGAAUCAUUAAGUCUGUCCUUGUCCUGUAUAUUCAGUCACAAUUUCCUGUAAACAUCUUGUGAUAAACUGUAAAUCUGUUGUUGGAGGACUGGAAUAUAAUUAUUCUGCCCUU